AGUCUUCACCACCCCCAAAAAAAAAUUCCCCCAUCUCUCUCUCUCUGUUUAAGCCAAAACCCACUGAUUUUUUUGGAAAGAACCGAUCUUUAUUCAGAGAUCGGCGGCGGAAAAUGGCGACGAAAGUGGUGGAUGCGGCGGGGGAACCGAUCCCGACAUCAUCUGUGCUGAUGUCAGCCGCGAAGCACAUUGAAAACAAAUGUAUGUCCGAAAACGUGGAGUUCAUCAAGUGUAAGAAGAAAGAUCCGAACCCUGAGAAAUGUCUCGAUAAGGGCCGCCAAGCUACUCGCGCGCUUGGAGUGCUAAAAGAUCUGUAUGAGAGAUGCAAAGACCCCAUGGAAGCUUAUGUGGGAUGCAUGUACUACCACACAAAUGAAUUCGAUUUGUGUCGCAAAGAGCAGCAAGCCUUUGAGAAAGCAUGCCCUUUGGAUUGACUUUGGCUUUAGGCGUUCGGCAUUGGUUGAACAAUCUUGCCUUCCAUGCUUGAAUAAUUAAUAAGUUAGGUCCAGUUUGCAUCGAACAGAAACUGUCCCGUUCAAUGCAUUCAGCAUUGCCUCCCUAUUGUAUGGAUAAGAGACUGGUUUGUAAAAACUUAAUUCAUGAUGAUUAUUCAUUCA